AUGGCUGACACUCUGACCGACAACAACGCCGAUGAACCAACGCUCAAUAUAAAUGUCAAAGAGGAGGACAUGAAAUUUGAUGAUAUGACUUAUGAUACAAGAAGUGAAGCUUCAUCAUCGUCCAGCGAAUCUCCUAGUAUCAGUUCCGUUAGUUCAAGCUCUUCCAAGGACGGUAGGCACAAGCGCCAUAAACAAGAAAAAUCUUCGCCUCCUCCUGUUGAAGAAAAACGAUCUCCUCCUAAACCCGUUGUUAUCCCCACAAAAGGAAAAUCUUAUGAUUACAUAACAAAAUUAAAUUAUCUUUUUAGAGAUACUAGGUUUUUUGUUAUUAAAAGUAAUAACUUGGAGAAUGUGGUGCUGUCGAAAGCGAAAGGGGUUUGGUCCACUCUUCCACAGAAUGAAGCCAAAUUAAAUCAAGCUUUCCAAGAAUCUAGAAAUGUUUUACUUAUAUUUUCUGUUAAAGAAAGUGGUAAAUUUCAAGGGUUCGCUCGGUUGCACGGCACGUCUCGAAGGGAUGUUCCUCCGAUUUCUUGGGUUUUGCCGCCUGGGUUGUCAGCCAAAGCUUUAGGAGGAGUUUUUCAAGUUGAUUGGAUUUGUAGAAAAGAACUUCCUUUCACUGCCACCGCGCAUUUGUAUAAUUCUUGGAACGAAGGUAAACCAGUUAAAAUCGGGCGGGACGGUCAAGAAAUCGAACCUAAAGUGGCCGAAGAGUUAUGCAGACUAUUUCCUGAAGAUGAAAAUAUCGAAAUGACUCCCAUAUUGAGAAAAUCCAAAGAAGCUUCUAAAUUAGGGCGUUCAAAAGUAUCCAAGCGAGAAAGUCAUUCUUCGAGGGGAAAUUUCCCAUCCAAAAUAUCUUUUUCGCGGGGUCGAGGUAGCGGAAGGGGUAGGAGAAACGUAUACCUUUGCCCUCGUUCUAGAAUAAAUGCUAGUAACGGUCAUUCCCUUCCAUUUAAGAGUAUUAGGGACUCGGGAAAAGGCGAGUACUGGCGAAACAGAUCGUAUCCAGGAACUUUAGAUGAUUCCUACGUCAAUUAUAUGAGAACUUUCCCUGGAAAUUUACCACCUCUUCCCUACGGUCCUCCAGGAUUGUAUCCGCCACCUAGCACCUUUGAACCUCCGAGAUACUACGAUGGAAUUCCUCCUCUUCCUGAUUUUCCGCCACCUCCGCCAGUUAUUCGUAGCGCGUCACAUUCAGACAAAAGAUCCUACGAUAGUAGAAGACUCUCGAGAUCAAGGUCAAAAUCUAGGGGACGGAAAAGAUCCCGUGAUAGGCAUAGAUAUCGUGAACGUAGGUAA